GUGUGACGCGGUAGUCCCAAGGAGAAGAAUAUGGCGUAUCGGAGCAAUGGAUGUCACUUCCGUCAUCUCCCCGGUCAUUUUAUCCGGAAGUGUCCAUUCCGUUUCCAGCCCAACGGAGCGGAGAUGGCCGCGCGCAUUCGAGAGAACGGAUCAGGCGGAUAUAACAGUCGAGGAGGGCAAGGUCUUCUACAGACUCCGACUCAAAGUUCGGGGACCUCUAAUGCUAUCGUACCAUAUCAAGCACCGCUAGAUAGGGGUCAAACUGGCAAUGGGGGGAAUUACCAACGUGGCGGCAACACUUACUAUCGUCGAAGGAACUACGCUGACGAGCAACGAUAUUCGAAGUCGUGGUCCGGAGGGUACGAAGAUUGGGACCGGGAGCGUGAGAGGGAUGAGAAACUAGAUAGGAUGUACGGCUUACUCUCAGAACAAGUUGAGGAGCGUGAGCGACGGAAGCAUGAGUCAGUUAAAUUGGAGUUAUUGGAGGAGGAGAAGAAGAAGUUGCAAGCUGAGGAGGAGAGAAGAAUCCAGGCAAACAAGGAACGCGAGCAGCAAGAGGCAAGGUUGGGCAAAAUUGUGAGAACCAGUGUCAAAGCGGUUUGUGAGUCUGCCCUCGGGAGGAAGGUGGAUAUACCCGAGGACGAUGACUGUGAAGUGGCGAAACUGCGGAAGGAACUUGAGGAACUACGGGCGAAGUCUUCGGAGGCAUCGAGUAGUUCACGGGAGAAUGAUCACCGUUUGGAAGCUCUACGAAAGGAGAAAGAGGCUUUGCUCAAAGCGAGACAUCAGGAGUCGGAAGAAGAGCGGUUAGUUAAGGAGAUCGCAGAGUUAAGAAGCCGCAAUGAGCAACACACGCACGACAAUGGGAAACAUGAUGAAAUACUGGCAUUGCAACUUCAGAUCAAGGAACCCAGUGGCUUCCGUGCCACCUUGGAGGAGAAGAAUGCCGAAGUAUCGAUGCUGAAGUCUGAGAAUCAGCAUUUGAAGAGGGAUGUGGCCGGGUUACGUGGGGACUUCCUUGCUCUUCGAGGAAAAAGAGGUUCGGGAGUCAUCACUCAAAACAGCCCUCCGGAAGAACCUGCGAAAGGUAAAGCGCGCGCUGAUCCUUCCACUACGGCUAUAUAUACACCAAAAGACCUAAGCGCUCUCCACAAGGCUUACAAGGAAGCACUCGCAGGCAAGGAGAUGGCGCUCAAGGAGGCGCAGAUGCUUAAGGAUCGAAUGGCCAGAAUGGGGGCUUCGCGGAUCCGACUCUCCGCCCGAAGGCAAUCCGCAAAGAAGACUACGCCACGGAAUCUGAGAACUUGCUUCCAAGAGAUGGAAGAGAUACCCGAUGAUGAUGUUGCCGACAAGACCCAGGGGGAGGAACGCAGACUUGAACGGGAGGGGACGACCGCUGCUCGUGAUCUUGAGGUCGCCAAGUUGGCCGCCUUCCGGGACAUCAGGCUGAGGGAACUACGGCAGGUUAAGAAGAGUGACAUGGAAGAAGCCUGUGCCAAUGAAGGAAUUACCUACGUUAAGUUGGAUCAAGCCAGAGGAGACAUUGCUGAAAUCAGAGCAAGCCGAAAUUAUGAUGCUUGGUUAAAAGAAAAAGACGCCGCUGAUGAAGAGGACUGAGACUUGCACUACGCCACUUCAGCCGAAGAUGUUGAUGACGCUUGAGGGGACUCCCUGGGCGCGUCACAACUACGUGAU